AUGUCAAUCAGAAAUCGGAUAUCGCGACAGGAACCCAUAUCUGCUGAACAGACGCAGCAACUCACCAGUCUCAGCAGCAUGGAACCCCACUUUGCGCCAAAAGCCACAACCCCUCGAUCCAGCAAGACCGUAUUUAUCAUCGGCGGUCUGAGGGUGUAUGUCUACGGGUUGGAAGAGGUGGAAAAGAAGGGAUAUGCCGAUGUCGCAGUGCUUUAUCUCGCCCACGGCCGCUUGAGGGACUAUGGAGACAUGGAAGUGAUGGCGCAUGAGAUUUUACAUCAGUAUGGAAAUGCCGAGGGCCGCAGAAGCGCUGGCCUGAUUGCGGUGGCUGUGGACAUGCGGAAUCACGGGGAGCGAAAGCUAAGUGACAAGUCGAAUGACGCGUGGGAUGUGGGAAAUGAAUUACAUGCGCAAGACAUGCUUUCUAUCAUAUCUGGGUCUGCACAAGACUUCGACCUCCUUAUCGACUAUCUCCCAACCUACCUUCCGCAAUUCAACAAGUUUUACAACAUCAUGUCUGGGAGGUCACUUGGGGGUCAUACCUCAUGGCGUCUCGGAACCAAUUCUAGCAGCAAGCUUCACGGCCUCGCGAUAAUCAUCGGCAGCCCCAACAUGGGUGCGCUUCUCCUUGAUCGGCUAGGUGUGGAUUCUAAUGCACUUUCUUCGCUGGCCGAUGAUAUAUACAAGAUCCCUUAUGACACGCUCUCGGAGUUAUUGACGGAAGAACAACGUCGUCGAUGGCCUCGUGCUUUGCAUGAUCUUGUUGCCGAGAUAGACCGGAACACUGCUGAAAAAUUUCCAAAAGAUGUGCCGACUUAUAUCCUCAAUGGAAAACUGGACCCGUUGGUACCUGACCGGUUCUCUGAAGCGUGGGUGGCAAAGCGGAAAGCUGAAGGAUAUACCAACUUAGAUCAUUUUGCGCAAGAGAAUACGGGACACGAAUGUACGCAGAUAAUGGUUGGUAAUGUCGCGGAUUGGUUAGUAAAGCUCUUUACUUAA